AUCGUCCUCCGUGUCGAUUUGCUCCCCCCACACACGCGGAAGGAAGGAAGCGGAACACAGAGAAAACCAACCAUACCCACCACCCCUGCCGUGCCUCGCCGCGCCAGCCAAGCCAAUCAACCCCAUCCCCUUCCCCCUUCCCUCCCCGCCUCUCGCGUGGAUUAAUGGAUCUCCGCCCCGCCCCGCUCUCUAGGUAGCUGCCCUGCUACUGCUUGCCAGUCCACCCCGCCCGAUCCGGAGCCGCGCGCGGAGGGGAGAUGGGGUUCCGCAGGAGAGGGCCGCUGCUGCCUCUGCUGCUGCUGCUUCUUGGCCUCGUCGCCACGGCCUUGGCUGCGGACUCCGCCUCCGCCUCCGAGGGCGACGCCGAUCCGCUCUACAGAGCUUGCUUCGAAGAAUGUCAAAGGACUGGCACCCUGAAAGAGGAUUCUAUUAAACACUGUGUUGUGCCGACUGAUGACCAGCCUGCUGACAAAGCAUGGUACGCGCACGAGCCAUUGUACCUGCAGUGGAAGGAGUGGAACUGCAACAGCGAAUGCCGAUACCAUUGUAUGAUGGAAAGAGAGCAGGAAAGGGAAGAGCUUGGGCUAGGGCCCGUCAAGUAUCAUGGCAAAUGGCCUCUCAAACGUGCUUCUGUGUUUCAGGAACCUCUUUCAGCAGCUCUAUCUGCUCUGACUCUUCUCGUGCAGUUUAAUGGAUGGCUAUCGUUUUUCCUCUUGCUUUCUUACAAGCUGCCUCUUAGGCCAGAAACUCAUGCCACAUACUAUGAAUACACCGGAUUAUGGCACAUUAACGCGCUCUUGGCCAUGAAUUCGUGGUUCUGGUGUGCCAUAUAUCACAGUUGUGACACUGCUUGGACAGAAAAGCUGUACUUGUCAUCAGCUGCUGCUUUUCUUGGUUACUCCCUCAUAUUGGCCAUACUGCGAACUUCAAAUCUAAGGGAUGAAGCUUCAAGAGUGAUGGUUGCAGCUCCAAUUCUGGCUUUUGUGACAACCCACAUUUUAUACCUCAACUUCUACGAACUCGACAAAGGCCUGAACAUGAAGGUUUGCACUGUUAUUAGCGUUGCUCAGCUCCUUCUGUGGACAGUGUGGGCUGCCAUCACAAGGCAUCCUUCACGCCUCAAGGUCAUCUUUGUUGCCAUCGGCGGUGUCCUCUCACUAUACCUGGAAGCCCACGAUGUCCCUCCGCGAUGGGGAUAUGUUGAUGGUCACGCAAUCUGCCUCGCCAUGGCCAUCCCCCUGUCGUACCUCUGGUGGAGCUUCGCCAAGGAAGACGCCGAGAUGCGCACGGCGGCAAUUAUGAAGAAGAAACGAUAACGGGCUUCGCCAGACCAAAUACUUCCAUCUUUGGUGGUGAAUCUGUGAAAACUUGUCUCCACUCAUCCAAUGUAAAGAUGAGUUUUUCAUUGUAAAUUUAGGAGAUCUCGUAUGUGAAUUACUGUUUUUUCCAUGCUACUUUUUGCCUCAGCUCAGGAGGUUUACAUGGUUUGAAACUUGUGAUAGCCCUUUGUAUUUCUCUCAUUUACAAGCCAAUUGAGUGUGUGAUAGGUUUGUUUUCAUCUCUUUUAGAUGCACUGUACUGGAAGCAGUUCUGAUCUCUAUGGAUUCGAUACCGUAACAUGAUCUUAUGCUUUUGUGUCUUUGAUUGAUUA